GUUUUAGUGAUUUUCUCUUACAAAAAUAUUUAUUUCUAAUUAUAUAAAUUUAUAAAACGUAUCGCCUUACACCUCUGCCUUUAAAAACACUGAUUAAGACCAGUGUUUCAAUUGAAAUCAAAAGUAAAGUUGGAUGAAGUUUGUGUGAUGAAAAACAGAAAAGUAAUUUUGUGUGGUAAAAAACUAUUAAGUUUAGCAGAUUUUCAUGUAUCAAAAAAUAUAAAAGUAAUUUUUGUGUAAUAUUGUGUGAUGAAACACAGAAAAGUAAUUUUCUUAGACUGUUGUCAUUCAUAGGAUGCUUUUUUGUUGCAGUGUUUUUUUGGAAGAUCAUGGACGCUAUCAUUGGGAAUGUAGUUGAUUUUGGAAUGAAGAAGUUCAAAAGUACCCUUGACUUUGAUGAGAAUUUGGAAACACUGGAGAGAAAUGUAAAGCUAUUAUCAGAUAAAGCAGUCGAUGUGAAGACGGAGGUUGAGAAUCAAGAGCAAUAUGGGAAAAAGAAGAGGAAAAGAGAAGUUGAAUCUUGGUUUGAUGAGGUUACGAAGAUCGAGGAAGGAUUACGCGCGCUAAAAGAACAAGUAACAAGAGGGAAGAAAAAUGGAGGUGCUUUGGAGAAGAUGAAUGGAAGGGUUGGAGAACUUCUUGAGCAAACUAAACAUUUUGGAACACUUGUACAUGUUAUGUAUGAAAGCGAGGAGUGUCCAAUGCUGGUGCAACCUGUUUGGGAGGAGAAGUCAAAACAGAAUUUAGAAGUGGUUUGGACAUGGUUACAGGAUGAGAAUGUCUCAAGCAUCGGUAUAUAUGGCAUGGGAGGGGUGGGUAAAACCACUUUGGCAAAGCAUAUACAUAAUCAUCUUGUUAAUGACCAUCGUUAUCAAGUUCGCUGGGUUACGGUCUCUCAAGGGUUCAGCGUCAAAGGAUUACAAGAAGACCUUGCCAAAUUUGUAAAUCUUGAUCUUUCAAAUGAGGAGGAUGAACAUAGAAGGUCAGCCAAAUUAAACCGGGAAUUCCAAAAAAUGAAUAAAAUGGUUAUCAUCAUAUUGGAUGAUGUCUGGGAUCGCCUUUGCUUGGAGAAGUUGGGUGACCCUCUUGGUGUAGAGGGUUAUAAGCUGA